AUGAGACCAGAGUCUAGAAUUUAUAUUAACACAAAUGCAAGGGGUGACACAUUUAUUGCGAAAAAUCGACAGAUUUUGAAAUCACUCAUCAAAUGUCUCGAGUUUUGUGGUAGGCGCGGAUUGGCUCUUCGAGGCCAUCGAGAUGACGAUAAAAUCCAAGAUAACACACAAGAUUAUAAUAUAGGUAACUAUAAGGAACUAGUUAAGUUUCGCGCAGAGGCAGGUGACUCCGUCUUGGAUGACCAUUUGAAACAAUGUGCUAAAAAUGCAUCAUAUACGUCAAAAACUUCCCAAAAUGAAUUGUUAGCAUGCAUCAAGAGGUUUAUCCAACAGACAAUCGUUGAUGAAGUAAAGGCUCAACCGCUUGGUCCACAUUUCGGAUAUCAAUGCGAUGAGGUGUCGGAUGCUAGUAACUGGGAACAACUCGGGAUUGUUAUACGAUAUCUUAGGGACGGUAGUCCAGUAGAAAAAUUGCUUGAAUUUGUCCAAGCAGAAGAGACAACAGACUCGGCACUUUGUGGUUUGAUAGUAAAAGCUUUGACGGAUGCUGGAUUGGAUAUCCAGUUUGGUCGCGCGCAGACCAUGGAUGGCGCUGGCAAUAUGUCUGGUAAGAAUCUAGGUUGCGCGGCGCAGUUUACCCGACUGUCACCAAGGACAGUUUAUCAUUACUGCGCUAGCCAUAACCUCAAUCUAGUACUAUGCAAAUGUUGCAAUGUUCCAGAAAUACAAUUGAUGUUAGAUAGCUUAAAACAACUCGGGAUAUUUUUCAAGUAUUCUCCGAAACGGAGUCGAUGUCUCGAAAAAGCUGUAGAUGAGAUAAAUUCGAACAGGGAUGUACAAAACAAAAUAACAAAACAGAAAUUUAAGGUCUUCUGUGAAACAAGAUGGUGCGAAAAAAUUACGACCCUCGGCAGCUUUUCUACCAUGUACGAGCCAAUCAUAUCUUGUUUGGAGGAAAUUAGCUCUAACGUUGGACGCACCUGGGACAAGAAAGCUGUUAUUGACGCUAAAGGGCUACUUACAAAAAUAACUGAUUCUACUUUUAUAGUUAGUUUCCAAACUGUCCACAACUUUUUUGGGUAUGUUACAGGGUUGAGCAGAAAACUCCAAGGGUCUACACUCGAUAUUGUAGAAGGGUAUAAAAUGAUUGAUACCGUCAAAGCUUUAGUAAAAUCAACACGAGAUGACGAAACGGAGUUUGACAACGUGUUUGAAAAAGCUACGGCAAUGGCUGAAGUUGCCGAUAUUGGGGGUAUCAAGGCUCCAAGACGAUGUGGGCGCCAGACACAACGCAGUAAUGUCCCUGCCGACAAUGUUCAAGUUUAUUACCGACGUGCAGUUUUUCUUCCAUUUUUAGAUUCUAUGAUUCAACAGUUCGAGAUUCGGUUUGGUGAACGUGCUGUUUCAGUUGUAAGGGCAUUGGCUCUAAUCCCUAACAACAUUCACCAAACCACAGAUGAAGCAAUCGACGACAUUAUUAAUUAUUAUGAAGUUGACAUGCCAUUUCCUGACUCAUUUAGGCAAGAGUUUCGACUAUGGAAAGAAUUAUGGCGUGUCCAGAAUGAAAAACCGACUACAUUAACGUCUACUUUAACAGACCCAAGAAUGAACAGAGCAGUUACUGUUGAUGCCCUUAUGUUUGAUAAAGAGGCCAGUGUUACAACAGAUACCCAGACAAGCUGCUCACAGGAAUCAUUAACUGACUACAGUCAGAGCAGUUGCCAAAAAGAAGAGUCGAUCUAUUACCUUAACAAAUUUCUUGAACUGAAUAGAAGUAAACCAGUGUCAUGCCUACCAACAAAGAGGUGGACUGACUAUUCUUCAAAAAGUAAAAAUAUGUAUGUAAACCAAAUUCAAUUAAUAACAGACAGUGUUAUUGAAUUUGUGUUUCCAUUUGAUACUGAUGAAGUUAAAACCAGCCUGAGUUUAGAUGUGCCUUCCAACAGAUAA